AGGGGCGCGGGACCCGAACGGCCUCACGCUGCUUCUGCGCGGCCUUGCUUCAUUUCUUUGCCCCCGGCCUUUGGCCACUGGACCCGUCCUGGGGGUGCGGUCCAGUGGACCCGCUGCUUCUCUCCACUCAGCCAACAGGAACUGGAGAUGCUGUUAGGCUGUCACUUUAUCCAGUGUGAGAAAUUAGCCUGGAGAUGGAAAACUUCAUUCUGUAUGAGGAGAUUGGCAGAGGAAGCAAGACCGUUGUCUAUAAAGGGAGACGGAAAGGAACAAUCAAUUUUGUAGCUAUUCUGUGCACUGAUAAGUGUAAAAGGCCUGAAAUAACCAACUGGGUCCGUCUCACCCAUGAAAUUAAACACAAGAAUAUUGUAACUUUUCAUGAAUGGUAUGAAACCAGCAAUCAUCUCUGGCUAGUAGUGGAACUGUGCACAGGUGGUUCCUUAGAAACGGUUAUAGCCCAAGAUAAAAACCUCCCAGAAGAUGUUGUGAGAGAAUUUGGAAUUGACCUGAUUUCUGGAUUACAUCACCUUCAUCAGCUUGGCAUUCUCUUUUGUGACAUUUCUCCUGGGAAGAUACUCUUGGAAGGGCCUGGCACAUUGAAGUUUAAUAAUUUUUGCCUGGCAAAAGUGGAAGGUGAAAAUUUGGAAGAGUUCUUUGCUUUGGUGGUAGCAGAAGAAGGAGGAGGUGAUAGUGGGGAAAAUGUACUGAAGAAAAACAUGAAAAGUAGAGUCAAAGGAUCGCUUACGUAUACAGCUCCAGAAAUUGUGAGGGGUACCGAUUUCUCCAUCACCAGUGACCUCUGGUCUUUGGGCUGUCUGCUUUAUGAGAUGUUUUCAGGAAAACCUCCAUUCUUCUCAGAGAGUGUUUCAGAAUUAAUGGAAAAGAUUUUUUAUGAAGAUCCUUUGCCACCUAUUCCAAAAGAUUCUUCUCUUCCUAAAGCUUCUCCAGACUUUAUUAAUUUGCUUGAUGGUUUACUUCAAAAAGAUCCUCAGAAAAGAUUAACUUGGGCGGGCCUACUGCAGCAUUCAUUUUGGAAGGAUGUUUUCACUAGAAAAGACCAGGACUCAAGCUCUGAGGAUUCCAACAUCAGCAGAAACAUGAUGGAGUGUUCUGGGUCACAAGAUUCCAAGGAGCUUUUGAAGAACCCUCAGAGUGGACAAGCAAAAGGAGAGAGGAGUGGUCAGCAGCUAAGUCACUCUUUGAGACUAGAAAAUCCAACUGAACUGCGGCCUAAGAGUAGUCUUGUGGGUCACCUGAAUGAGUCCAUGUUUCUUCUCAGUUCUCGUCCUACUCCAAGAACUAGCACUGCACUGAGAUUAAGUCCUGGUGAGGAUAUGACUCAGAAUUCACCACAGAAGACUUCUUUGGCCCAGAGAACAAGUGAACAUCUGAGUCAGCAGGACCUGGAAUCCCGCAUGAGAGAGCUUAUCUACACAGACUCAGAUCUUGUCGUCACCUCCAUUAUUGACAAUCCAAAGAUCAUGAAACAACCACCAAUUAAAUUUGAUUCAAAAAUAUUGCAUCUACCAGCACAUUCAGUGGAUAAGUUAGUAUUACUAAAAGAUCAGGAGUGGAAUGACUUUUUACAACAAGUGUGCUCACAGAUCGACUCCAAUGAAAAGUCCAUGGGGGCCUCGCGAGCCAAGCUAAACCUCUUUUGCUAUUUGUGCGUGGUGGCUGGGCACAGGGAGAUGGCCACCAGGCUCCUGCAUUCCCCUCUGUUUCAAUUACUGAUCCAGCAUUUGCGAAUAGCUCCAAACUGGGAUAUACGGGCUAAGGUCGCUCGCGUGAUUGGCUUACUGGCCUCGCACACAGCUGAGCUCCAAGAAAAUACACCUGUUAUUGAGGCAAUUACUCUCUUAACUGAAUUAAUUAGGGAAAACUUCAGGAACAGCAAAUUAAAACAGUGCCUUUUACCAACCCUCGGGGAGCUGAUCUAUCUUGUAGCUAUCCAGGAAGAAAAAAAAAAGCACCCUAGAGAAUGCUGGGCCGUUCCCUUGGCUACGUACACAGUGCUAAUGAGGUGCCUUCGGGAAGGGGAAGAACGUGUUGUGAAUCACAUGGCAGCAAAGAUUAUUGAAAAUGUCUGCACUACCUUUUCUACACAGGCCCACGGCUUUAUUACAGGAGAAAUUGGACCUGUUUUAUGGUACCUAUUCAAACAUUCCACGGCUGAUUCUCUUAGGGUAACAGCGAUAUCGGCGUUGUGCAGAAUCACUCGCCAUUCUCCUGCCGCCUUCCAGAAUGUUAUUGAGAAGGUGGGACUGAACUCAGUGAUGAGCUCCCUGGCCUCUGCCAUCUGCAAAGUGCAGCAGUCCAUGUUGACCUUAUUCACUGCUCUGUUGUCCUGUGGGGUUCAUCUUCAGAGGCUGAUCCAAGAAAAGGAUUUUGUGUCUACAAUUAUCCGUUUACUUGACAGCCCCUCAACUUCCAUUAGAGCAAAGGCCUUCCUGGUUCUUUUAUAUAUUUUGAUUCAUAACCAUGAGAUGCUGCUGCUCAGCUGCCAGUCCAGACUGGUGAUGUACAUUGAGAGAGACAGCAGGAAGACCACUCCAGGCAAGGAGCAGCAAAGCAGCAAUGAAUACCUGUCCAAAUGCCUGGAUCUUCUCAUCCGUCACAUCGUGCAGGAACUGCCACGAAUCCUGGGUGACAUUCUCAAUGCUUUGGCGAACGUGUCUGGCCGUAAACAUCCAUCAACAGUUCAAGCGAAGCAGCUGAAGAUGUGUCUCCCACUGAUGCCCAUAGUGCUUCACCUCGUGACUUCUCAGGUAUUUCGACCUCAAGUUGUAACAGAAGAGUUCCUUUUCAGUUACGGAAUUAUCCUUAGUCAUAUUAAAUCGGUAGACUCAGGAGAAACUAACAUAGAUGGAGCUAUAGGACUGAUGGCAUCGGAAGAAUUUAUCAAGAUCACGUUGUCAGCUUUUGAAGCAAUAAUACAGUAUCCUGUUUUAUUGAAAGACUAUUGCUCUACGGUUGUUGAUUAUAUCCUGCCACCCUUGGUCUCCUUGGUUCAAAGCCAAAAUGUGGAAUGGAGACUCUUCAGCUUGCGGUUGCUCUCAGAAACCACAUCUCUGCUCGUGAACCAGGAGGUUGGAGAUGGCAAGGAGUCGAAUGUCGAUUCUGACAGCAGUCUUCUGGCUCUCGUCAGAGAUGUCUUACUUCCCCAAUACGAGCACGUCCUCACAGAUCCUGACCCAGUACCAGCAUAUGCUCUGAAACUGUUGGUUGCAAUGACUGAACACAACCCAACUUUCACCAGACUUGUGGAAGAAAGCAAACUGAUCCCACUCAUUUUUGAAGUAAUUCCGGAACAUCAGGAGAACAUUCUGGGUAACACCAUGCAAAGCGUGAUUGCCCUGCUCAACAACCUGGUUGCCUGCAAAGAUUCAAAUAUGAAACUCCUUUAUGAGCAAGGACUGGUCCGUCAUGUCUGUAACCUCUUCACCGAAACCGUCACACUGUGUUUGGACGUGGACAAUAAAAACAACAACGAGACGGCCACCGCGCUGCUCUUUUCCCUGCUUGACAUUUUGCACGGCAUGCUGGCCUACACCUCCAGCAUCGUCCGGCUGGCUCUGCAGGCCCAGAAAUCUGGCUCAGGCGGGGAGACUCAGGCCGCAGAAGACCUGCUGCUGCUCAGCAGACCUCUGACAGACCUCGUUAGCCUGCUCAUCCCGCUGCUUCCUCACGAGGAUCCUGAAAUUUUUGAAGUUUCGUCUAAGUGUCUGUCUAUACUGGUUCAACUCUAUGGAGGAGAAAACCCAGACAGCCUGUCUCCUGAAAAUGCAGAGACCUUUGCUGAUUUACUGACAUCCAAGGAGGAUCCCAAGGAGCAGAAGCUUCUGUUGAGGAUUCUCAGGAGAAUGAUCACCUCCAAUGAGAAGCACCUUGAGAGCCUCAAGCAUGCGGACACCCUCCUGCGGGCUCUGGAGUGGCUGGCCCCGGCUGGUGGUUCAUCUGCCAAUAGUACAGUGGCUUCUUUGGCCCUGGAAAUCCUCCAAGCUGUCGGACACUAGGCAAGAAGGCACUGAACACAAGCCCGCCUGCAGCACAGCCCUCCACUACACGGCUCGCUCGGUCAGCUCCCCACACGUGGGCCACCUCGCCACCUCCAGCUGGAUUUGGACCUAAUAAAGUCAGCUUGA